AUGCCUGGAGAUCGUAACGUGGGCGUUGCCAUGGUGAAUUCAGAAGCCAGCAAAAAUGCUCUGCAAUGGGCCAUCGACAAUCUCGUAGACAAACGUGACAGGCUUGUGCUCGUUCAUGUUCUGCAUCAUUCAAAUGGCUGCACCAACUCUUGGAAAAAAUCUGGCUCCCCUCUAAUUCCUUUAUCCCAGUUUAGGCAACCUAGAUUGGCAAAGCAAUAUUGUUUGACUGAUUUCGAUGCAGAGAUUUUAGACAUGUUGGACACCGUUUCCAGGCAAAAGGAGGCUAAGAUAGUAGCUAAGAUAUACUUGGGCAAUACAAAGAAAAAGCUAUGUGAAGCUGUUGAAGAUCUUGAGCUUGACAGUUUAGUGAUGGGUAGUAGCGAAGGUCCUAGACUACUACGAAGGUUAUUUGUUGGCAGUAUAAGCAACUAUGUUGUUGGGAAUGCAAGUUGUCCUGUGGCAAUAGUAAAAGCUCCUCAGAUUCAAACUGUGAAAAGGGGAAUAGUCUCAAAUACUUUGAGAUGGGACAGUAGAGGACUGGGCACUACGAGUGUUACAUUUGCCAUCAUUAUUCACAGUGGCAGGAGAGGACUGGGCUAUGAGAGUCCGAUUUUUCCUGAUAGGGCAAUCUCGAAUAAGAUUGCCUUCUUGUUUAUGAGAAUGAUUUCAAACCAUUUGAACUAA